AUGACCAAUCAGGGCAACGCUACCACUGUAUGCGGCUUGCCAGCCUGGAUCGCCUUUCCCGCCAACGACAGUGCGUCCUAUGUAAAUGAUGCUCUUGCCGUUGGUGUUAACGUACCCCUUGGUAUUUUCGCGUUCUUUAGCAACCUCAUCAUCAUCGUUACUGUGGCCAAAACACCGCGCCUUCAAAGACCCAGCAACAUUUUGUUGUGUAGCCUGGCCGCUAUUGACUGCUUGGUUGGCCUGACGUCACAGCCGCUGUUUUUCAUUUGGCGCUUGAUGCUCCAUCGCGCCCGUCAGUCAUGUUACCUCCAAACUGAGCUGUUCGAAUCACGAUAUGUGCUCAACACAUUGACUCUUGGUGGGUCGUUCGCCAUUUUCACGCUGAUCAGCUUUGACCGAGCGCGUGCAUUGUCCGAUCCGCUGAGUUAUCGCACUAAAGUCACUAACAAAGGUAUCGCUAAGAUCACCGUCAUCACAGCAUCAGCCUGGGUUUUGGUCACGAUUUUACUUCACUUUGUCAUUCCCGAAAGCCUCCUGCCGCAACACACCCUGUUGACAAUUGGUGUGAUAUUUAUCCUACUUCCGGCUAUCAAUCACAUGAGAAUGUUCCUCGCUAUUCGUCGCCAUAACAGUCAAAUGGUGGGCCAAGUCAACGAGCAGCAGCUGUCUACGGUAUUUGGGCGGGAAAAGAAGGUAGCAGUGGACAUGACCAUUGUUGUGGUAAUUCUCUUCGCUUGCCUUGGACCGAUGAUAGUAAUAAAGCUGGCCUUCCAAUCAUUCCUCCCUGAAGUCUACGACCUUCUUUAUCCGUGGGCAUUUACGAUGACUUAUAUCAAUUCGUCAAUAAAUCCUUUUCUGUACUUGAAACGCAAUGGAGAACUCAGAAUAGCAGUGCGAUCGGUUGUGUGUUCAUGCUUUUGA